AAGGAUUAUUCGCUCUGGCCAACGUACAUGCGGUUGCGGUGACCUAAUACAAAUAAAAUGGCUUGAUAGCACUUGUAUGAUUCAACUUCUGUUGACCAGAGCCAAAGGAAAGAUGCAUACCAAAGAGCUUGUGUUCGGCCUCAUCUUACUAAUGCAAGCAUGUGGACCUCUUUUGGCAAAGACAAAGGCUCCAAAACAACCCAACUCUUCAGGAAUACUGCAGUGGCUGACGGAGAAAUUCAGGGGAGUCAAAGCUACAGUCCAGGGUUAUUUCGGUCCAUUUCUGGGCUUUCUUUUCGCUUACUACGAAGACCACAUCCAACCAGUGACUGACAGCUGCUUUCAAUGGGCCUCUAGAGUGUGGGAGAAGAUCCAUCCAACCAUUGACAACUACUACAUGCCAGAGCCAGCAGCUAAUCCAACGGAUACCGGGACAAAACGAAAGAAUAGCUGGCAAUAAAUGAAUAUUCUUACCACAUUA